CGAAGGUUGAUUAUGUGGUUGGUGUGUUGUUUAUUUCACGUUCAAAAUUCAACAAUAAACCGGCUUGAUAAUGCUAAGGAAUAUACGCAAGAAGCCUCUGCCAAAUCAAGAGGAACAUAUACAGAUGAACAACUAGUCACAGCAAUCGAAAAAGUCAAAUCUCAAGAGAUAUCGCUAGAGAAGCCGAACGAAGAUAUGGCGUUCCAGCACGUACUAUUGAUCGUAGAAUUAAAUCUGGAAGCUUACAAAGGGUCCUUGGACCUGAAGGUGUACUUGGACAAUCAAACGAAAGGAGGAAGGUGA